AUGAACGCAACAUUUACCAAUUCUGGCAUGACAACGAGUCAGCAGUGUACAACGAAUAGUACAACUAGUUCGACUUGCAUGCAAGACUUUUUAUCCUCUCAUUGUAAUCAUUCAUCAUCAUCAAUGAAUCAUGAUGAACCUCAGGUGUUACUCUCGAAUCAUGUCGAUAAGAAAAUCUCGAGUCGGUACACUCAACUUAGAAAACAACUUCGUGCAUGCAAUAAUUUUAAAGAGAAUUAUUUUGUAUUGGAAGUGAACAAACCACAUCAGUCAAAUGCCAAAAUGUCGUCCGAAACAAAAAGUAAGAAAUCGAGUCAAAAGAGAAAGCAACAAGACAAGGUAGAAGAUAUGCAAGUGGCGCAAGCUCCCAAGAAAGUCAAACAGAAUGAGAGUACUUGCUCUUCAGAAACUGAAUCAUUACAUGCGUCCGUGACAAGUGGCACAAAUUUGCAUGUCAACAUCUCUCAACCAGAAAUUUCUGAAAAUGCAUGUGUCCAUACAAAUUCGAAUCCUCAGGAUGACAUGCAAAUUCAAUUGUUACAUACUCUCAUUUCAUCUUUACAACAUGUACAACAACAUCCCUCCAAUGACAUUUCCAAUAAUGGUAAUAUUGCAACAAGAACCACAACAGCAAAUCCAAUCAUGGAAAAGUUAUUGUCAACGUGGUUUACAGAGUUGUUAUAUUUUGGCACCUUACACCUUACACUUAGUGUCAGUGCUGUUUUCAUUUGA